ACCAUCAUGUCAAAUGUAAGGCGUCGAGACUUUUUAUCAGCCAGAUGACCCAUUACUUGAGUAGACAGAGCAAGAGCCCUGAAACAGCAGUAAUACAAGAAGUUCCUCGCAUACCGUGACUGACAACUGUAGCCUUCCCUUCCAUACCAUUAUUUGGGUGUUACGAUUUUGCUUGAAAUCAAUCAACGAUGCUGUCACAGACACUUAAAAGGUCCACAUCUCGCUCUCCCUCUGCCUGGUACUCUCCGCCAUUGCCUCACCACCAUGACCCCAUUCUCACCACCCUCUCUCACGCAAUUAGCAACUCCCCGACAAAGCCUCUUCACGUUUCUCUCAGUAAACUCCUUCCUUCCCUUACCCCCUCUCAUGUCGUCAACCUCAUCGUCCUCAAUCCUCACUCACUAUCACCGCACUCCCUCUUCUCCUUUUUCAACUUCCUUUCUUCCCACCCCACUUUUCGCCACACGGUUCAUUCUUAUUCCGCCAUGUCCCAUUUCCUUGUUGCCCACAAUAUGCUCCCUCAAGCACGAUUUCUUCUCAACUUUUUAGUCUCUCGCAAAGGGAAAGGCUCGGCUUCUUCGAUUUUUGCUUCGGUUCUCGAAACUAAAGGUACCCAUCAGUGUGAUUUUGUUUUUGAUUCCUUAAUGAUUGCGUAUACAGAUUUGGGUUUUGUUUCUGAUGCUAUUCAGUGCUUUAGAUUGGUAAGGAAGCAUAAACUUAGAGUACCAUUUCGGGGUUGUAAAUAUUUGUUUGAUAGAAUGAUGAAGAUAAGUUUGCCGAUUGUGAGUUUGGGAUUUUAUACGGAGAUUUUGGAAUAUGGAUUCCCACCCAAUGUGUAUAGUUUUAAUAUUUUGAUGAAUAAAUUGUGUCGACAAGGUCUAAUUAAAGAUGCCCAAAUGGUGUUCGAUGAAAUUGCAAGGAGAGGUUUGCAUGCUUCAGUUGUCAGUUUCAAUACUUUGAUCAACGGAUAUUGUAAAUCGGGGAAUUUAGACGAAGGGUUUAGGUUGAGAAGUGCUAUGGAGGAAGCUGGGAUCCGUCCUGAUGUUUUUACUUACAGUGUUUUGAUUAAUGGAUUGUGUAAAGAGAGUAGGUUGGAUAAAGCAAAUGAACUGUUUGAAGAAAUGUGUGACAGAGGGUUGAUCCCAAAUGACGUUAUUUUCACUAGCUUAAUUGAUGGAAUGUGCAAAAAUGGAAGAACUGAUUUAGCCAUGGGAACAUAUCAGCAGUUUUUGACAAAAGGAUUCAAGCCAGAUUUGAUUAUGUACAAUUCACUUAUAAAUGGUCUAUGCAAGGCUGGGGAUCUAAAAAGGGCAAAGAAGCUUAUUGCUGAGAUGAGCUUGAGAGGUUUAAAACCUGACAAGUUCACUUACACAAUACUAUUAGAUGGAUUUUGUAAAGAGGGAGAUAUGGAGUCAGCAUUGGGGAUUAGAGAGGAAAUGAUUAAACAAGGGAUUAAACUUGAUGAUGUGGCUUUCACAGCCCUUAUUUCAGGGUUAUGUAAAGAGGGAAGACACCUUGAUGCUGAAAGAGCAUUGAGGGAGAUGUUAGACGCUGGUAUGAAACCGGAUGCUGCUGCCUAUACUAUGGUCAUGGAUGGAUUUUGUAAGAAGGGUGAUGUAAGGAUGGGUUUUAAGCUGCUUAAGCAGAUGCAGAGUGAUGGCCAUGUGCCUGGUGUUGUAACCUACAAUGUGCUUAUGAAUGGACUUUGCAAACAGGGGCAACUAAGAAAUGCUAAUAUGCUGUUGGAUAAUAUGCUUAAUUUGGGGGUGGUUCCAGACACCAUUACAUACAACAUUCUAUUAGAUGGUCAUUGCAAGAAGGCAAAUCCAAAAGAUUUCGGCAAGUUAAAAAGUGAGAUGGGGCUUGUAGCAGAUUAUGCCUCGUAUAGUUCACUAAUUAGCAAGAUCAGUGGAGCAUCAAAACAUCAUUCAAGGAGAUAACACUUUUUUGAGCAGGUUAGCUCGGUGUAGAUAGUUAUAAUGGACAAACAUGAAUUCUGUUUUUCUUUUGUAGCAAGCUGUGGACUUCGAUGCAGUUGGAUUACCUUUGAUCUACUAGAUGGCUUGGUUAUUGAGAUUCUUGACAGUGAAUCUUAUCUAACAUCUGCUGUGGUUCUUUUUAACUUCUGCAUUGACAGUUCUUGUGCAUUAAAUUUUAUUCUAGUGCGAGGGAUCGCCCGGGACAAGGUAAUAGUUGCAAUAAUAGUUCAGCUUCAAAAGGUUGGAGUUCACAAGGCGACAUGACAGAUUUAGACAGUAUCAGAUAAAGCCAUUCCAAUACAAUUUGUUGGACAUCUUUUCUCAAAAUGCAUAAGAUAUUUAGAAGCCUAUACAGCUACUGUCCAGGAACCCCAACAUGGUUUAGCCCCCAAGCUAGUAACAGAGCCAUGCCUGAGCCAAGCCCCAAGAUUUAAAUCGGGUUUGGAUAAAAUGUGAGGCAUCUGAUUGAGUCGGUUCGGCAUGAAGAUAGCGAAGGGUCUCAUGGAUUUUCUACAAGCAUUGUUUUCAUGUUACUGAAAAGGUUGCAGAGACCUAUGGCGACUGAAGAUAAACUUGGUCUUUAGCUCUAAUUUAAAUAUUGGCAUGCUGUUGUUAUUGAACGGGAUUUUCAUGAGUCGACUCAGAACUUUCUUCCCUCCAGAAGACAGCAACAAAUCUGCUCUUUCAUUUUAUGAUACUUUAAAGUCUACAUA